GGCCAGUGUAGGAAGCAUGAGUAUUCAACAGAUGAUGAAUAUGCAGAGAAGAAAAUAAUACCACGUGAUCAAAUGACGUUUCCAAUAUGGCCGCCCCCUAAAAAAUUAAAAAUUUUCUUUUUCUUCAAUUUAUUUCGUCCUAUGCCUCAAUAUGGCUUCUGCUUUUCCAGAAGACAGCCAAAUGGAUGAUGUAUUCGAUGAAGAAACUGGAGAGGACGUGGUUCGGGCCAGAGACUUUGAGAGGAUGAAAGAAUCGCGUGUAAAACAAGGCUACCGAGAUGGGAUGUCAGACGGACGACUGUCCUCCCUCCAGGAGGGGUUCAACAGGGGGUACAGUGAGGGGGUCGGCCAAACUCUGCAGCUCGCAAGACUCAGGGGGCUUCUUUGUGGUCUUCUGACAUACCACAUGGCGAAGGAAGGCACCGCGUUUAGCGAUCAGAUCGUGAGUGCAAUCAAGCUGCUGAUCAUGGAGCUGUCCUCCGUGGAGAACACAGGGCUAGACUCGCAAUCCCAUGGUGCAUCAGGCAUGGCUGACGACCUGGCCCUGGAGAUGCAAAUGAUGCAGCUUCAAACCGACCAAUCAGGAGGCAGCUCUGAGGGAACUGGUCUGACCGGGUUGUCUCCAGAAGAUGAGCAGAGGAGGAGACAAGAGAUCGUGUUCCUGUCAUUUCAAAGAAGAUGUGCGGAGAUCCUAAGAGCCAUUGGAUGGGAGGAUGGCUUGAUCGAACAAAUUCUGACGCUUCAAAUUCCUCAAUAGAAUGUACAAUCACAGACACAGUAAACUAAAAGAUGUUCAUUAAUUUGUUAAUGAAGACAUAAUUUUGCUUCAGAAAGCUUUGCAGAAAGGCUAAUACCUAAUUUAUUAAGGUAUGUUUAAACACUGCCUGCCACGGCCAAAAUGUUGAAAAGUCUGACUUGAAUUUUUGGCUUGUAUUACUAACGGGUAUAUAUAUAUUAUUUAUUGCAGAUUUGUAUGCGCAUAUGCCAACAACUGUUUGCUUCACAUACUAGUAGUAACAAGAUAGUAUAAGGUUAUUACCAGCAAAGAAGGAAAUGAAGAAGAAAUGAUGAUUAUGGGACAGUAAAAUAUGUAAAAUCUAGUUCUACAUAUUGUUAGCAAUGCUUUGUGUAUACAUGUUGCAUGAGUCUUGCAUGCUAUCAAUUCACUGUAUACUUCUUCAACAGAAAAAGAGUUUAUAUAAUAAUGUAUUUAACAGUGUGAAAUUAAAGUUUAUCAAAAUGUAA